AUGACCCCUGUCAGGAACCAAGGUGGGUGUGGAAGUUUCUGGAGUUUUGCUGCAGUAGCUGCGAUGGAGGGGCUCCACAUCAUAGAGCACGGCGAGUACAAGGAACUGUCGGAGCAGACCCUGCUGGACAGCACUUUCAAACACAUGGACGGGUGCCGUGGAGGGUGGAGUGAUACUGCUAUUAAUUGGGCUGGAAAAAACAGUCCUGUGACUAAAUCCUCCAAUCAUGGUUACCUUCCCCUCAGAGCAGACAAGGAAUACGAGGGAAGGGAUGGAGUGUGUGAUGACCUGAAGAACCCUCUCCCUAAUGCUCUCACCAGAGCAAAACCAUACGCUCGCACGGUUGACAAUAGAAUUGAUAACGGCCUGGUCAAGGCUCUGCUUGAAGAAGGUCCUGCAGUGGUCUAUAUCUAUGCUUCCUUGCAGUUCCAAUUCUACUUGGUCUUUACCACGGGACGGGAUUUGGCGUGGACCCCAGCCCUAACCAUGCAGUUGUAG